CAGUAUACCACCCUCUGUUUCGUCCGCCAUUUGCUGUCCGAAUGCAGUUAUGACAACAGGGAUGUGUCUGUGAGUCGUGCAGAGUUCGACGUGAUCGAGGUUCAGGUUGAAAUUACUUGACGUAAAAGGUUUUGAGGGACACUUGCAGGAUGUUGCCACUAAUUUUGUGGGCCAGUUUGGUGGGCUGUCAGGUAACUGCGAAGGCUGAUUCCUGUUUUGCACAAAAUUACAACCCAUAUGUGCUGUUCUCCACCUACACACCUUAUGAGUUUGUACAUGAGAAUACAGACGACCCAGUGCACAUUCCUCAAUGUCGGCCUGUUCAGUUCUGGAUUUUAUCUCGCCAUGGAACAAGAUACACAGAUGCAGCUGGUAUUAAUAACAUGUGGUCUCUCAUCUCUUUACGAGAUCACAUCAUUACUAAUAGCAAGAAUGGACGAGGUACAUUGUGUGCCCAAGAUGUGGACAAUCUCAAGAAGUGGACACCACAAGCUGUCUUAACUUUAUCAAUGAAUCUGGCACCGCAGGGUUAUAAAGACUCGUACAAUGUGGCACGACGUUUCAAGUCUAGAUUCCCAGCAUUGCUCAACCAGUCGUACAGCCCUGAAAAAUUUGAGAUCCGCUAUACAAACUCGCAACGAACUACUCUCACAGCACUUGCAUUUGUUGAUGGAAUAUUUGGCAGUACUGUAGAUGUGGUAUUACCUAAACCUAUACCUGGUGAUCCGCUUCUUAGGCCUUCUCACUAUUGUGAUGCAUGGAAAAGUGAAGUGGACAAUAAUCCAGCCACAUUGCAGGAGUACAUUGCUUUCAAGAAAGGUCCAGAGGUUGCGGCAAUCAUACAGUCUGUCUCCAACAGAUUAGGAUUUACCAGGUCAAUUAGUUAUGACAACUUGAGUAAGAUGUACGCUAUUUGUCGAUUUGAAAAGGCGUGGCAUGUGGACAGUGUCUCGCCGUGGUGUGCUGCCUUCUCUGAGGAUGAGAUGAAGGUGCUGGAAUACAAAGAAGACCUCUCAGCUUAUUACAGACAUAGUUAUGGCAGUGCUUUGAACCAGGAUGUUGGCUGUCCCCCAGUGAAAGAUUUUCUUGAUCGAUUCAGCAAACUGGAGAAUGGAGAAGACCAGCCUGCCGGAGUAUUUUACUUCAGUCACGACACAGAUAUGCAGUUGUUUUUCACCUCUCUUGGAGUUGGAAAGGAUUUGGAAGCUCUCACUCACUCCAACUAUGCAUCAAUGGGAAAUAGAAAAUGGAGAACAUCCUUGCUUACGCCCUUUGCGGCCAACUUUGCAGCUAUUUUCUUCAAAUGUGACGAUGGGCACUUUGGAAUCCAGUUCUAUCUCCAAGAAAGACUGCUGUUACUUGAUGGUUGUGAAAGUUCUCCGUGGGGCCUGUGUGACUGGUCUGUUAUCAAGCAAAAGUAUGAAUCCAUUUCUCAGAAUUGCGACCUGAGUUUCUGUUAAAAUUACAAAGACGAAAUUGUUCCUGCCUUCGUUGUAUUCUUGGGAUGAUAACAGCACCAUGUCCAAAAUUAGUGACUUCUGGUAAAAUUCAUUCUUAAAUUAUAAAUGGUAAGACAAUUUUCCAAACUAAAAAAUCAUAAAUGUUAUUUUGUUACAAUCCUACGAGCGAUAAUUUGAUUCUUCACAAAAUAUAUGUGUCGAUUCCUUUUGUUUGCUUCUCAAAAUAAACAGAGUUCAUUUUCCUAACCUAAUUAAUUUUAUUUAACUUAUUGGUGCUAUAUUUUCUUGGAGAUAGGAAUACAAUUUUUGGGCACAUUUGAAAAUAUUUCUGAGUUUCUGUAAACCUGCCUAAUGCGCACCUGUCUGUCUCUGCAGCACUUCGAAUGAUUAUAUUUUAAAUAAAAGUGAUUUUUUAAA